UUUAAAUUUUAGGUUAAUGUAGUAUUAGCUAUGAAUAUUAUAAAAACUUUCCUUACCUUUUAAAAUGUGUCUUUUUUAAUACUUCUGAUUAUUAGUUUGAACCAUUGUGUUUACCCGAUCUGGUAUAAUGAAUUUAUUUUAUGAAAUUUUUGGAAGAAAAAGCGAAAUUUUAAUAUUUUUAUCAGGAUAAUAUUCCAAAUAUCCUUGGUCAAACUUUCAUAUGUGUAAUAACAAUGGCUGAAGAUUGAAGAGUGAUAAUUUAAUGAACAAUACAGCAUAGUUUGAUCUUCAUGAAAUAAGCAAUGAGAAACGAACUCAAAAUUUGGCUACUUUGAAUUUACUGUACAAGGAGAAAUUCGAGGUGAUAAAUAUAAUGUAAUCCAAAAUAAUAUAGGAGGUACGGACAAUUUCAGCCUAAAAGUGGUGUAUAUCCCAAAAUACUAGCUGUUGAUUAGAAAGAUAUUUUAGUGAGAGUUGCAGAUAAUCCUCAACGUUUAACAGGAGCAAUUGGAGUGAGAUGAUAUCCUUGGGAGAUCCACUUACAUCAAAUGCCGUUCUUUCGGCUCUGCAAAUCAAUAGUCAAGACAAAAUAAUUUCUAUAAAAGAAAAUAUAAAUGCAGACUCCAAUUUCGUAAUUACACAUCUCAUAAAACAAGUAAUGUACGAGAAGAAUAGGUUAUGCUUAGUUAACUUUCAUAACACCAUAGAACAUUACCAAUGUAUUGGUAAAAAGUUAGGUUAUGAUUUAUUAAAAGCUGUGAAUGAAGGAAUUGUAAAAAUUAUAGAUCCUCUUAAAGAUAUAGCGGAAAGUACCGAUCUAGAUAGUGAAUAUUUACAAGAAAACAAAGAGACUUUAGUGAAGCAGUUGUAUUUCGACAUAAAAAGAAAUCUUGAUUCAGUAAAAAUUGACAACAAAUUAGUUUACUUGAUAAUCGACGACUUCAGCCAUCUUCAUGAUCUAGAUGUUGGAAUUAAGGAGACAUUGAGGUUUCUCCAUUAUUGUAUUAACCUUAUUAAAUCUGAUAAUAUAUGUGUGAUCUUUAACAACCAUGUAUCCACAAUAAUCGAUGAUAUCAUUUCAAAUAAUCUAGAAUAUCUAGCUGAUGUCCACAUUGAAGUAUCAACUUUAAAGACUGGGUAUUCUCAAGAAAUUACUGGAUUUCUAACUAUCAGAAGAAAAUCAUCAAUUAAUCAAUAUCAAUAUAAAGCAUUUGAUAGAGGGGUUAAAACAUUCCAUCCUGGAGAAUCUAUUUACCAUUUGUAUAAGUAAUUUGGAAUUCCUUCACUAAUAAAAACAAUGUGAAUUUUAUUUUGAUGGUAUUCGUGGAAACUAAAGUGCCUUGAAAUUAAUCAAUGUCAUAAUAUUUCGGCCUAUUUACUUAAAUACAUUUUUAAAACAUUUGUAAACUAUCUUGGAAAAAAUGUAUAUAUAUUGAUAUCAAUGAUUGUUGAUGGCAUCAUCCAAAUUAUAUAUUUAACUUUCGAAAUUUCAUUUUUAAACAUUUUAUCAACACAAAAACCACAAAUUACAAUAUUACAAUUAUACAAAUGAAUGAACUCUAAUUUCAAGCGAUUGAAUUAACAAGAGUCAUUGAUAAGUCUUUACAAUAAUCUUAUUUUUAUAUAUAAAUAAAUGUUGACACAUGUUUACAAAAUAUGAUCAUUUUGCUUAUUAAUUUUCAGAAUAUUCUAGAUUUCUCUUCAUGUAACUUCUCUAUCCCUAAGAAUGAAAAACAGUGGAGGUAUUUUUCAAUUCCUGCUCUAUAGCUCCUCUUCUUUCUUUAAAUUCAUAUUUUUUAAAUUGUGUAUUAGUCGAGAAAAUCUCGUUUUCUAUUUGAUCAUUACUAUUCUUUGGAAUUCUAAUACUUGAUGGAAGUUUUAUUUUCAAAUAACAGAUUUGGAUAACACACAGUUUGUAAAUUUGGAAUUACUAAAAUUUCACUGUUUGUAACUUGUUGUAUUAUAGUUUCUUGAAGAUUCACACCACUAACGAAACAGUUUCUACGAGAGCGGCCAUUUAACAGUUCUAUAGUACAAUUGUCAUUUAAUUUAAAUUUUUCUUUGCAAUAAUAUUUUUAUUCAAAAACGGGACAUUCUUCUUUAAUCAAAAUUACUUUUUCCGGUUUCUUGGCCAAGUAAGGUUGAGAAGGAAUAAAUAUUUUUUAGUUUUGGAUAACGGAAAAAAUUCAGAGACUUGGGAUUUUAAUAUUAGAAUAUGGGUAGCAAAUAUUAUUUUGGAUUUGGAAAAAGUUACCUGUGAGCCCAAAAAGAUAUAAUAUUUUAGAAUAAAAUUAAAUUUUGGAAUUAUUCUUUAUAAAUAGGAUUUAAAUAUUUUAUCAUUUCAAAAAUUUCUUGACUAGAUAUUUCUGAACUAUGGAUUGUAUUUAAUUUAGAAAAUGUUUUUGCGUUUUCAAUAUUAUCAGUUAGUGUAAUUAAUUCUGAUAAUCCAGAUUAAUUUGUGAAAUGGUAUUAUAGAAUGUAAUGAAAUUGUUUUUAUUUUAUUUUCUAAUUAUAUGUGAAAUUUUUCUAAAUUA